AUGAGGAGUGAUUUAAAAUUGGGUGAUGUUGAGAAAGGCGAGAAGAUUGUUGUUCAUAAGUGUGCCCAGUGCAAGGGAGGCAAGCAUAAGACUGGAGCAAAUCUCAGCGGUCUGUUUGGGAGGAAGACGGGUCAGAUGGCUGGAUUCUCAUACGCAGAUGCUAACAAGAACAAAGGCAUUACCUGGGGAGGGGAUGCCCUGAUGGAGUGUUUGGAUAAUCUCAAAAAGUACAUUCCUGGAACAAAAAUGAUCUUCGCUGGAAUUAAGAAGAAGGGAGAGAGGGCAGACCUAAUACCUUAUCUUAAAAAGGCUAAUAAUGAGUAA